AUGGUAACUAUUAGAUCAGUGUUAGUUAUUGCUCAUGCCAGGCAUUGGUAUGUGGUUCAAAUGGAUGUACACAAUGCUUUUUUACAAGGUGAUCUUCCUAAAGAUAUAUACAUUGUGGUUCCUCCUGGUUUUUGCAGACAUGAAUGCUGGGAUUUGUUCAAAGUCAUUAUGACUAUUCUCUUUACUAAUAGAGUAGGUAAAGAGUUGAUAGUAGUGCUUGUUUAUGUAGAUGACUUGUUGAUAACAGGAAGUUGCAAUGACUUAAUUUCUCAUACUAGAAAUGACUUAAAGCUCAAGUUCAAGAUGAAAGAUUUGGGGGAGCUGAAGUUCUUUCUUGGUAUUGAGUUUGCCAAGUCCAAGGAAUGUACACCUUUGGAUCCUAGUUUGAGGUUAACAUCCAUCCAAUAUAAUUCACAUGUCCUAGGAUCAGAAGUUACAAAAUCAGAUGAGCCCUUAAAAGAUAUUGGGAAGUAUCAAAGAUUAGUGGGGAUAUUGUUAUACUUAACCAUGACCAGAGUAGAUAUUGCAUUUGCAGUUCAGACAUUAAGCCAGUUCAUGCAUGCUCCUAAAGAGUCUCAGAUGGAAGUGAUGUGA